GCGCCGGCACAUGGUGAGCCGCUUGACUGGGGGAAGAGGCGUCCGUUCGUUCGCCCGAGCAUGAGCCAGUCGGGAUGUUACCCGCCGCCUGUUUUCAGCCCUCCGGUGCGGCCUCCGGUUUUUGCGCCGCCGCCUGUGGCUUGGCAGCCGCCCCCCUGGAACGGGGGAGCGCCGUCCUGGUGCGGACCGCCAUGGGGAAUGGGGCCCGGGCAGCGCCCCUCGUCCUGGCUACAGGCCUCUCACAGCAGCAGCAGCCGCCAGCUUCAGGGUGACUGUAACCAACAGUGGCCAUACCAGCAAGCUUCUACCCAGUGGACUCCAAAUCAAGAUAACUCAAGAAAACACAAGCAGAGAAGGAAAAAGGAGCCAGUGUACACGGACUAUUGUGACACCUGCGAUCGAGGCUUCAAAAACCAGGAGAAAUUCGAUGAGCAUGUGUCUCAGCACAUCAAGUGCAACGUGAAGGACUGUACCUUCAGUGCCCACGAGAAAUUGGUUCACCUUCACUGGAGAAACGCACAUGGGCCAGGCGCUAAAAGAAUUAAGCUCGAUACUCCAGAGGAAAUUGCCAAAUGGCGCGAGGAGAGGAGGAGGAACUUUCCAACUUUGGAAAAUAUCGCAAGAAAGAGGAAAACGGGUCAAGACAAAGAGGAGCGAGGAGAGGUGCUGCGUACGCAGCAGUUUAACAAAAUGAAGGGAAGAUGGAAAACCCGUUCCAACAGCGCACACCAAAGGGGUUUGGGCAGGAGGUUUAACAGAGGACACGGAGGUAACUUUGAUGGACCAUUCAGUGGUGCACAGGAACAGCAAAACGCAAGCGAGCAGGAUGGUCCCAGCCAAUCCAACAAGGCAACGUGCAAACCACCAGAACACCAGGGGAGCCAAGCUUGUGGCAAAGAUAUCGACCCGCUCGGCAUAUUGGCACAAAACGACGCAGAAUCUGACAAAGACGAGGGCCAGGCGGAUGCUGAACAAGCAGAAAUCAUCGUCGUGCCAAAGCAGAUAACGUCAGGCCUGAGCUCACUGGCCAAUUACAGCAGCUCAUCAGACAGUGAAGACGACCAGGGACCAGAGGAAAUCCCCUUCCAGACUGUUGCCAAAGCUCUGGAGGAAAACAGUGUGCUGGGAUCUGCAGCAAGAAGUUCAAAAGAUCCGGAGAUUAAAGAACGUUCAAGCAGCGUCAGAGAUUCAGAAACACGUUGCCAGUUCCUUCCCAGGGGUAGAAGAGGAGGUAGAGGAAGAGGUCAUAACAGACGUGGAAGGGGAACGUUACAGCAGUCACUAGUACGUCGGCCAACCCUGCUUGAAAUGUUGCUGGCUCCUGACGUUCGACACGAAAGAAAUCUGAUUUUGCAGUGUGUUCGGUACAUUGUAGAAAACAAGUUUUUGGGCCUUGAGUCAAAAGUUAACGGUGUGGCAAAGACCCCGGUCUCGAUCAGUUCACGUGAAGGUGCAGUGCAAAAGCACAUACCCGCGGGAUAUACUGAAACACAUGGACUCCAGGUACAUGCACCCGAAUUCAAGAAGCAUUCUGCUGAGAUCCCUAGAGCUGAAGAGGGUCGUGAGGAGCCCAUCCCUGGAGCUGAGGAUGUAGGUGAGGAGCCCAUCCCUGGAGCUGAGGAUGUAGGUGAGGAGCCCAUCCCUGGAGCUGAGGAUGUAGGUGAGGAGCCCAUCCCUAGAGCUGAGGAUGUAGGUGAGGAGCCCAUCCCUAGAGCUGAGGAUGUAGGUGAGGAGCCCAUCCCUAGAGCUGAGGAUGUAGGUGAGGAGCCCAUCCCUAGAGCUGAGGAUGUAGGUGAGGAGCCCAUCCCUAGAGCUGAGGAUGUAGGUGAGGAGCCCAUCCCUAGAGCUGGGGAUGUAGGUGAGGAGCCCAUCCCUAGAGCUGAGGAUGUAGGUGAGGAGCCCAUCCCUAGAGCUGAGGAUGUAGGUGAGGAGCCCAUCCCUAGAGCUGAGGAUGUAGGUGAGGAGCCCAUCCCUAGAGCUGAGCAUGUAGGUGAGGAGCCCAUCCCUAGAGCUGAGCAUGUAGGUGAGGAGCCCAUCCCUAGAGCUGAGCAUGUAGGUGAGGAGCCCAUCCCUAGAGCUGAGCAUGUAGGUGAGGAGCCCAUCCCUAGAGCUGAGGAUGUAGGUGAGGAGCCCAUCCCUAGAGCUGAGCAUGUAGGUGAGGAGCCCAUCCCUAGAGCUGAGGAUGUAGGUGAGGAGCCCAUCCCUAGAGCUGAGGAUGUAGGUGAGGAGCCCAUCCCUAGAGCUGAGGAUGUAGGUGAGGAGCCCAUCCCUAGAGCUGAGGAUGUAGGUGAGGAGCCCAUCCCUAGAGCUGAGGAUGUAGGUGAGGAGCCCAUCCCUAGAGCUGAGGAUGUAGGUGAGGAGCCCAUCCCUAGAGCUGAGGAUGUAGGUGAGGAGCCCAUCCCUAGAGCUGAGGAUGUAGGUGAGGAGCCCAUCCCUAGAGCUGAGGAUGUAGGUGAGGAGCCCAUCCCUAGAGCUGAGGAUGUAGGUGAGGAGCCCAUCCCUAGAGCUGAGGAUGUAGGUGAGGAGCCCAUCCCUAGAGCUGAGGAUGUAGGUGAGGAGCCCAUCCCUAGAGCUGAGGAUGUAGGUGAGGAGCCCAUCCCUAGAGCUGAGGAUGUAGGUGAGGAGCCCAUCCCUAGAGCUGAGGAUGUAGGUGAGGAGCCCAUCCCUAGAGCUGAGGAUGUAGGUGAGGAGCCCAUCCCUAGAGCUGAGGAUGUAGGUGAGGAGCCCAUCCCUAGAGCUGAGGAUGUAGGUGAGGAGCCCAUCCCUAGAGCUGAGGAUGUAGGUGAGGAGCCCAUCCCUAGAGCUGAGGAUGUAGGUGAGGAGCCCAUCCCUAGAGCUGAGGAUGUAGGUGAGGAGCCCAUCCCUAGAGCUGAGGAUGUAGGUGAGGAGCCCAUCCCUAGAGCUGAGGAUGUAGGUGAGGAGCCCAUCCCUAGAGCUGAGGAUGUAGGUGAGGAGCCCAUCCCUAGAGCUGAGGAUGUAGGUGAGGAGCCCAUCCCUAGAGCUGAGGAGGUUGGUGAGGACCCCAUCCCUAAAGCUGGAGAGGUUGGUGAAGACCCUGAGAUAUUCCCAGCAAAUACGAAAUCAGCUUAUAUGGACCAAGUGAGAUUGUCAAGUGUAGAUGAAGAAGUUUGGGAGAUGCCAGACACUGAGAGCGAAAGGUGAUUUAAGCAGAACUUGGAUGUUUGCCACAUGGACUGGGUAAUGUUUUUCAAUGCAAAUGAGAUGUCUGUACAGAUUUCUGUAGAGCUGCAAUGUUUACUUCUAAUAAAUUAAACAGGAUACUUUUGCUUUGC